AUGGCCCAGAUCGACGCCCACCUCAAAGACGUCGCCAUCCUCGGCGCCAUCCCUGGCGACGCCCGCAAGAUCCUCACCCGUGACGCCUGUGCCUUCCUGGCCAUUCUGCACCGCACCUUCAAUCCCACCCGUAAAGCACUGCUGCAGCGUCGCAUCGAACGCCAGGCCGAGAUUGACAAGGGCCAUCUGCUCGACUUCCUGCCCGAGACCAAGCACAUUCGCGAGAACGAUGCCUGGAAGGGCGCCCCCCCAGCUCCGGGGCUGGUCGAUCGUCGGGUCGAGAUCACCGGGCCCACGGAUCGCAAGAUGGUGGUGAAUGCGUUAAACUCGGAUGUGUGGACCUACAUGGCUGAUUUUGAGGAUUCCAGUGCCCCCACGUGGGAAAACAUGAUCAGCGGCCAAGUAAACCUGUACGACGCCAUCCGUCGUCAAGUGGACUUCAAGCAAGGCGGAAAGGAAUACAAGCUACGCACCGACCGUCAGCUGCCCACAUUGAUCGCGCGCGCACGAGGCUGGCACCUCGACGAGAAGCAUUUUACCGUUAAUGGCGAGCCUAUCUCCGGCAGUCUCUUCGAUUUCGGACUGUACUUCUUCCACAAUGCGCGCGAGCUCGUCCGCCGUGGCCACGGUCCUUACUUCUACCUCCCCAAGAUGGAGUCCCAUCUCGAAGCCCGUCUGUGGAACGAUGUCUUCAACCUCGCCCAGGAUUAUAUCGGUAUGCCCCGUGGUACUAUCCGAGGUACCGUGCUGAUCGAGACCAUCACUGCUGCGUUUGAGAUGGAUGAGAUUAUCUACGAAUUGCGUGAUCAUAGCUCCGGGUUGAACUGUGGUCGUUGGGAUUAUAUCUUCUCGUUUAUCAAGAAGUUCCGGAAACAUAAGGACUUUGUCCUCCCUGAUCGGUCGGACGUUACCAUGACCGUGCCAUUCAUGGAUGCGUAUGUUAAAUUGUUGAUUAAGACCUGUCAUCGACGAGGUGUUCACGCCAUGGGAGGCAUGGCCGCUCAAAUCCCCAUUAAAAACGACCCCGCCGCCAACGACAAAGCAAUGGAGAGCGUCCGAGCGGACAAACUGCGCGAAGUGCGCGCCGGCCACGACGGAACCUGGGUGGCCCAUCCGGCCCUGGCAUCCAUCGCCUCUGAAAUCUUCAACAAACACAUGCCAACUCCGAACCAGCUUUUCGUGCGCCGCGAAGACGUCCACAUCACCGCCAACGACCUCCUCAACACCAACGUCCCUGGUAAAAUUACCGAGGCCGGAAUCAGAAAGAACCUCAACAUCGGUCUCUCCUACAUGGAAGGCUGGCUGCGUGGCGUCGGCUGUAUCCCGAUCAAUUUCCUCAUGGAGGAUGCGGCCACCGCGGAGGUGUCGAGGUCCCAGCUCUGGCAGUGGACUCAUCAUGGGAUUUCCACCGCGGACGGGAAGAAGGUUGACAAGGCGUAUGCGCUGCGUUUACUCAAGGAGCAGGCGGAUGAGCUCGCUGCUAAGGGACCAAAGGGGAAUAAGUAUCAGCUUGCGGCGAGGUAUUUCGCUGGUCAGGUUACCGGGGAAGAUUAUGCGGAUUUCUUGACUAGUUUGUUGUAUAAUGAGAUUUCGAGCCCUGGGCAGGCUUCGAAGUUGUAG